CAUAUUAGGUGGCAUGACAGCGGGAUGUAGCAGUACAUUCAUGGAGGCAGAUCUACUAGGGGCGACUCAUUCUUUUAUCCUGAUGGUGAUGGCCCUUGAUCGCUUCAUUGCAAUUUGUGCUCCGCUGCGUUACACUGUGCUUUUCACAAACACCACUGUUUCUGUGCUUUGUGGAAUAUCAUGGUUUAUACCAGCAUCAUGGAUGGUAGGUAUAGUUUUUGAUGCUCUUAGAUUGCCUUUCUGUAAUUCAAACAUAAUUUUGCAGUGCUAUUGUGACCAUUUAACAGUAACAGUGCUUGGAUGUGAGAAUGUACGAGAAAUUCAGGUCGUUGCAUUAGGUCUUGCCAUGUUUAGUUUGUUGUUGCCUCUGGGUUUUAUCAUCUUCUCGUAUUUUGUCAUCAUUGUUGCUGUAAUGAAAAUGUCCAACUCUGAUGGCCGCCACAUCAGGGCUCUGUCUACGUGCACACCACAGCUUCUCAUCACAUGUCUAUUUUACAUGCCGAGAUGCUUUGUUUAUCUUGCAAAUAAUGUGGGAUUCAUUUUGAGUGAUCCAUUUCGCACUGUUGUUAUAAUGCUGUACAGUCUUUUACCUGCUGCUAUCAACCCAGUAAUAUAUUGUUUCAAAACCAAGGAUAUCAAAGAAAACUUGAAGAAGAGAUUUUUAACCAGGAAAAUUAAUAACAGCACAAAUAAAGGAUAGAAUACAACAUGGUCAAUGUGCAACUGAUAAUAUAGGGGAGCAAUGUGCAAUAUAUGACAUCAAGUAGUGUGCUGUUUACUUUUGCUGGAUCCAAUGUGUUACAUCUAUGUUUACUUUUAAGUCACUGCAUGGUCAGACUCCUCUGUACAAUUUCUAUGAGCCACAACACAGCCUGUGAUCCUCAAGCAGGGGCUCCCUCAAGCCAUGUUAUAAGUUCACUGAGCUGUUUCUUUGUUGGGUCUCUCAGCUCUAGAUCUACUUUCCUGGUCAGGGAGCCAAAUCAGAAUGAACUUACAUCCCAUCAUAAAGCCUCUGUUUUUAGCAGAUUAUUGUAACAAUGUUGUGCUUUUCAGGCAUGAAAAUGGGUCAGGGGUGAAAAGGUGAGAAGGAUACGAGACCCGGCACCUGCUAGGGGGUCCCGGGGUUAUGCUCUUCGAUUGUUUUUUUUUGGUGGAAAAAUGAGUUUCCAAAUGCUCAUAUCUGAUUUCUUUUAGAUUUACUCUAGUGGUGGUCACAUGCAGAAUUACAAGACUGCACAAAAACAAAAGUAUGAAUGUAUAACUAAGUGCAAAUAAAGUAUCUUUACAUGUUUACAUAUGUUGUAUAAGAGACGAGACCAGGGGCGGACUGGGACACAAAUUCAGCCGCACCGCCCCACACACCGUCCCACACGUUUCUACCUAUAAUCCUCUAUAUGCUUGUACACACUACACAAACGCUGUCCUGAGAAUCAACUGCAUAAUCAUAAUCAGCAGUUAUUGUUUAAUUCCAGACUAUAAAACAAAUGCAAUAAUAUAUUGGCCACAAAUGGCGAUGUGCUUAUUAUUUAACUUAAAAUAAGAGCAUAUGAUUCUAUCCUAAUGCAUCUACAUGGAUUCUAUGUAUGUGACAAUAAAGCCUGAACUGAAUCUAAUUUUAUGCACAGUAUAACUGUCUACCCUUUUAGUCAACUUAUUACUACAACAAAAAAAAUCCCACUUAAUACUACUAAAAAGGUUUUCCUCUGGCUAAAAUGUAGGUUAUGCCUUCACAUUGCACCUAUCAUAUUUCUGGUCUCAUCCUCCUCCUCAUCACGACUGGGGUUAGUCUGUCCCUCAGCUUCAUUGUCCUUGGGACUGGGAGCACCUAACGUUAAUUACAUGCAUCCACAGGAAAAAAGCAAGCACAUAUUUUCUUUUAGUACAGGUUUAAAUUAUAAUGACCUUAUGCAAUACCUAGUAGGCUAGUUGGCCUCUUGAAACGGACACCUAGAAGAAAUACGCAAUUUGCCAAAGCCAACGUUAGCUAACGUUAAUGCACCUGCUAUAAUGGCACUAUCAUCUCCAGCUCCAUCUCCGUCGUUAGCGACACCAGCAGCCUCAGCCCGUCAACCAACGCCGCGGCCAAACAGAUCGGUUAUUUUGGAGCACUUUGCUGCCUCUUCUUAAGUUUUUUUUAUUCAAGUUUUUUAAACGCCACUUUUUUUUCCCCGGCUUUAUCCAUGUUUUAUGUCUAACGGUCAAACUAGCCUAGUCUGCCAUGAGUAAUGACUGAUGACUGCGGCUGAGCCAAUCAGAUUUCAAGAAAAACGAGAGCCUCUUUCGUAUCGGAGGAGGCCGCUCUUAUCUCCUCCUUCAAGCAUCAACACACAAGAUUGACACCUACGUUCCCAUCUUUUUUCUGUGGCUUCGCUCCACAGACCAGACUCCAAUUUUUCUCAUCGGAUCUACAUGAUUCACGUAGGUCACCUAUUUUGUAUUCAAAACGGCGAAUUUCGCCGAAAGGUGAGCGAUUUUCAUGCCUGGCUUUGUUCCUACUGCUUUUUAUUUGUUUGAUUAAUUCUUUUUGUCUAUAUUUUCUUGUUAGAAAUUUUUUUGUGUCAUUGUAAAGAAAGUAGUAAAUUUGUUUUUAAGUGAACAAAUCAAAUGUA